UUGCUUAUAACUGCUUGUGCUAUUUUGGCUCUAUCCCAACACUUAACUCAAGCCCCGAGCAACACCUCUCUUAUGCACUGCAAAACCGGUUAUUUAAAGUAGGGGAGGGGUUUUGUGCUGAAAAGAAACAUACUGGUCCUCUGUUUAUAGUAACCAUGAGAGUGAAAGUAAAAGUAUUGAGGAAGACAAUUUCUGCUGAUUUCUCUGAAAAGUCAUCGUGUAAAGAGUAGUUUAAAAAAGUUUAGUUGAUAUUCAUUCUGGACUGACAGAAAGACACGAGUCAGUCAUGGCUUCUUCUACAUGCAUGUCAGCACCCGUGUGUCUCAUUGAAAAUGAUGACAGUGGGAAGCUGAGUGUCAGGAAAGAGGGCAAAGACAUUCUGGAUAGGAUCAAUGGACCAGUGGUUGUGGUGUCUGUAGUGGGACUCUACCGUACAGGAAAGUCUUAUCUUAUGAACCGUCUAGCAGGACAACAGACAGGUUUUGCUUUGGGCAAUACUGUUGAAUCAAAGACCAAAGGCAUCUGGAUGUGGUGCGUUCCUCACCCGUCUAUGCCAGGACACACGCUGGUGCUGCUGGACACAGAAGGACUUGGGGAUGUGAAAAAAGGAGACUCUCAGAAUGACGGCUGGAUCUUCUGUCUGGCGGUUUUGCUCAGUAGCACCCUGGUGUACAACAGCAGAGGAACCAUUGAUAAUGUUGCAGUGGAACAGCUGCACUACAUUGUGGAGCUCGCUGAGCAGAUCAAGAUCAGAUCACCAUCAUCUGCAUCAGAAGAAGAUGAAGAAGGGGAAGAAAAUUCUAAGUUUGUGUGUUUUUUCCCAUUAUUUGUCUGGGCGGUGAGAGAUUUCACUUUGGAUUUGGAAAUUAACGGACAAAAAGCGACAGAGGACGAGUACCUCAACUUUGCUCUUGAGCUGAAGAAAGGUGUGGGAAGAAAAAUCAGUGACUUCAACAUGCCUCGUGAAUGUAUCCGGAGUUAUUUUCCUUCCCGGAAGUGUUUCAUGUUCCCACCUCCAGCCUCACCAGAAAACAUGAGAUGUUUAGAGAGCCUUCAAGAGCAGGACCUUGUGCCAGGUUUUCUGGAGGCCACGCGUCAUUUCUGUGAAUACAUUUUUGUGAAAAGUGCUGUGAAAACACUGAAAGGGGGUCACAAAGUUACUGGAAAAUUGCUUGGACAGCUGGCUCAGAUUUAUGUAGAUACAAUCAGCAGUGGUCAGGUGCCCUGUCUGGAAAAUGCAGUGCUUGCUCUGGCAAAUCAAGAGAACCAGGCGGCUGUUCAAGAAGCUUUACAAGUGUAUAAGAGUGGCAUGUUGGAGAUAAGAAGUAUGUUCCCAGUAAGCAUGGAUAAUAUAACCUGCGUGCACCAGAAGUGCAGCAGUCAGGCAACUUCUGAAUUCAUGAAACGCUCUUUUAAUGAUAUAAAAGGAGAACACAGUACAAAACUGAAGGAUGAGAUAGAUAUUUACUAUGCAGCCCUGCUUAAUCAGAAUGAGAUGGCAUCUGAAGAAAAAUGCAAAGAGCUGUUAAAGAAACUGUUCUCUUACAUGAGUGAACGACUGCAGAAUGGAGCAUACAGUCAACCUGGAGGAUAUGAAGUCUACUGCAGAGACAGAGACGCCAUUAUUGCACUGUACCGUGGAGAACCAAACAAAGGAGUCAGGGCUGAGGCUGUGCUAAAUGAGUUUUUAACUCAGAGAGGACCUGAAGCAAACACCAUCCUUCACGCUGAUAAAAGACUCACUGAAAAUGACAAAAAGAUUCAAGAGGAGAAAGAAAAGGCGGCUCUGCUUAAACAGAAGUGUAAAGAGGAAGAGGAGAGACGAAUCGAGAGUGAACGAAUGAGGCAGGUGGAGCAAGAGCGUCAGGAGGACAGAAUAAGGCAGUUGCAAGAGAAGUUCAACAAGGAGAUUGAGCAACAGCGAGAGGAGAUGGACAGAGCUCUGGAGAGCAAGCUGAGGGAGUAUGAAGAGCUGAUGAAGAAAGGCUUUAAAGGGAAAGCUGAACUCCUUGGGGAAGAGAUCAAGAGUUUAAAAGAAGAAAAAGAGAAGAUAAGUGCAUCUGGUAAUGUUUUUAAAGAAUAUGUAAUGCCACUUGUCAGUACUGGUGUGGACGUAAUAAAAAACAUCCUAUUGCAGAAAACUAUACAAAGUGGCCUCACAGCGGUUUUUAAAAGAUAAUCUGAACCCGAAUACUGGUGUAGGAUUAACACGCUUUUGACACAUUAGAGCUAUGUAGCUCUCAAAGGGACACAGGGUUUUUCUUUCUUUCAUGUAUAAUAAAUAUCUUAGUACUGUAUUUGUGUUAACUUACAACAGAGUGCGAGAACUAUGUGAACUUUUUGAUCUAACAUUUGUGGGGAUAAUCAUAGUUAGAUCUUUCAAUUAUGUACUGUAUUCAUUUUUUUUUUUUUUUGCAAUAUUGGUAAAACAAUCAUGUCAUUAAAGUACGUUGAAAUUGUAAUGGGCAUUGUUUAAGUUAUUUUUAUUGCUGUAAGAGCCCACAAAUUACUAUAGCCUAGUACACUACUGUAGUACUUUGGUACCGGGAUACGUAUCUUACCGUGAAGUUAUAUUGGUGAUACAUAGCCUCAAAUCAGUUAUUUAGACUACUAUAAAUUUGAUAUGUCAUUAAACUUGCCUCAGUUUUUUCUUGGGUUAUCUCAGGGAACACAUACUGUUACAAUGUAUGCACUGUAUAUAGCUUUGGAUAAAAUGCAUGUAAUUUAAAUCCUUUUAUGUUUCAUAUGUUGUCUCAUCGGUCCCUUUAUUGUUAUACAGUAAAAUAGAUUAUAUUGUGAAAGUUUGUUUUCUCACUG